AAAGGGGUCACUUUAUUGAAUUGUUUCACCUCGGGCAGGAAGCUACCCGCUUCCCCUCACCAUGGCUUCCAACUUCAACGACAUAGUCAAACAGGGAUACGUGAGGAUACGGAGUAAGAAACUGGGGAUCUUCCGGAGGUGUUGGCUGGUGUUCAAGAAAGCCUCCAGUAAAGGACCCCGACGGUUAGAGAAGUACCCGGACGAGAAGGCAGCGUACUUCAGGAGCUUCCACAAGAUCACUGAGCUCCAUAACAUCAAGAACAUUACCCGGAUGCCGCGGGAGACAAAAAAGCAUGCUGUGGCCAUCAUCUUCUGUGACGACACAUCCAAGACAUUUUCCUGUGACUCGGAGCUUGAUGCAGAGGAAUGGUGUAAGCUGUUGUGCGUGGAGUGCCUGGGCAGCCGUCUCAACGACAUCAGUCUCGGAGAGCCAGACCUGUUAGCAGCGGGGGUGCAGCGGGAGCAGAACGCCCUGCUGUUUGGUGCUCAUAAAAAAGUUGCAGCGGUGUGUUAUGGAGACAAGCUGAGCCAGUCUCUCUGCUGCCUGUAUAAGUGA